AUGGCCCAAAUGCGGCUGUGUCAAAACCGUCGACGCAUAUCCUAUUACAGCGAUUGGAGCGCACAUCAAGCGAGGGUAUUGAGACUGCAAGUUACUGCUCCCGCAAGAUCAAUGCGUGAACUUGGCCGCCGUGGACGGUCAUCGAGCGACAACAAAGAGAACAAUGCACACAACUCAAAAGAUGCACUGACUCUUAUUCAAGGCCGCCUGGUACCAUCAUCUAGCGGUACGAGAUCCGAGUGCCGAUAUCUCAAUGCGCGUAAUCUCAUCCACGCACUGCGAGUCAUGCGCCAGAACUGCAAACUAUGUCGUUUGCCUCAGUAUAGAAAAAAGCCCUCGGGCCAGUUCCCACGGCAGAAUUUUGCCGUGAACUAUGUUCCUAACGGUAUUGAGAGGAUCAAUGAAGCGAGCUGUUCAGACACCACAUCCGUCACGAACAAAUCUGAACGAGCCAACGACGGCAACGACACCCACGAUUACGAUAUACAGACAUGA